CAAAGCAUGCUUUCAGACUCGGGAGAGGUGAAAUAAAUGAGCUUGUGCACUAGGGAACUGCACUUUCAAACACAAUUCUACACUUUUAUAUGGUCUUGCUUAUACGCUACGGGUUUUAAACAUUUUUGAUCAACUUCGAGACAGCCUGGGGAAAAUGUCUUGGAUACACUUGCAUUUGGCUAAUCAGACAUUAUAUGAAUCUGUAAAUGGUACAGAAGUGAGAGCUGUUGCUGACAACGAUACCGUAGAUCCAAGAUGGGUUGAAGACUCCUUUCCAGGAUUAGAAAUACUGUGCACUAUUUAUAUUACCUAUGCUGUGAUCAUUUCAGUGGGUCUCCUUGGGAAUGCUAUACUCAUCAAAGUCUUCUUUAAGAUUAAAUCAAUGCAGACAGUUCCAAAUAUUUUCAUAACCAGCCUGGCUUUUGGAGACCUGCUACUUUUGUUAACCUGUGUGCCGGUUGAUGCAACACGCUACAUUGUGGAUACCUGGCUCUUUGGAAGAAUUGGCUGCAAGCUGUUGUCCUUUAUCCAGCUAACUUCAGUUGGAGUAUCAGUGUUCACUUUAACUGUUCUCAGUGCUGACAGGUACAGAGCCAUUGUGAAGCCCUUGGACCUGCAGACCUCAGAUGCUGUUCUGAAGACCUGCUGUAAAGCUGGCUGUGUCUGGAUUGUCUCCAUGAUGUUUGCUAUCCCAGAGGCUGUAUUUUCAGAUUUAUAUUCAUUCAGCAAUCCUGAGAAAAACAUAUCUUUUGAAGCAUGUGCCCCAUAUCCCGUAUCUGAGAAAAUACUGCAGGAAGCUCAUUCUCUGGUCUGCUUCUUGGUGUUCUAUAUUAUCCCGCUCACUGUCAUUUCUGUCUAUUAUUUUCUUAUUGCCAGAACGUUAUACAAAAGCACAUUCAACAUGCCAGCCGAAGAACAUGGCCAUGCCCGCAAACAGAUUGAAUCCCGCAAGAGAGUUGCAAAAACUGUGCUGGUGCUGGUUGGUUUGUUUGCUUUCUGCUGGCUGCCUAACCACAUCCUCUACUUAUACCGCUCUUUCACCUACCACUCUUCUGUAGAUGCCUCUACCUUUCAUCUCCUAGCUACUAUUUUCUCUCGGGCUUUGGCCUUCAGCAAUUCCUGUGUUAAUCCCUUUGCUCUUUACUGGCUAAGUAAAAGUUUCCGCCAACACUUUAAAAAGCAAGUUGUGUGUUGCAAGGCAAGACUUCCUACACGGCCUCCUAGCAUUACCCACAGUAACACGCCAACCAGAGCCCUAUCAGUCACAGGCAGUACACACGGCUCAGAAAUCAGUGUCACUUUGCUAACAGAUUAUAGUAUCACAAAGGAAGAGGAAAGUGUUUAGUUUUUCUGCCAUGGAGAGGGGGCAGAAACCAUGCAUUUCCCACAAAGAUACCAGUGCAUCUGGAUCCAGCAAGGAGCUGCAGGUAAAGAAGCUGGUGUGCCCCUUGUACUCCCUGCGGGGAGAUCUUCAGCAGGAGUUCCUGAUACCUUCCGUUACACAAUCAAACCUGUGUGUAGGGAAAAGAGAACUGAAAAUGCAACCUGGGCUCAAUCAAGAGGACAGCACAUGUUCCUCGUGAGCACUGUGCAUCUUUCCCUGAGGUUCCUGCAUUGAGCUGACAACACAAAAUUCAGCUGAGCGGAAGGCAUAUUUUUGUAUUGGCUCUGAGUUUGCAGAGCUAGAGAGUUGUGAUUACGGGCAUUCCUUUUUUGGAAAGUAUUUAUAUUGUCUUUCCUUAAAAAAAGAGAAAUAAGCAAGUUUUCAUAAAAUGGCAAACCAGGUUUUUUGUUAGCUGUUGCAUCGUUAAUGUCAAUGGAAAUACACCAGCAUAAAACUUCAGUGUUAUGGAGAAUCAGGCUUUGGAGGUCUCUUACUUUUCAGGUUUUGACACAGAAUAUUGUCUUCUUGGCCUCCUGGAUAUUUUUCUUGGCCACAGGAUAUUUCUUCUUGGCCUCCUGCACAGUGGACAUUCCUGUGGGGAAGGGACCUGUUCAGGGCAUCCUUGAAUCUCACUGAUCCUCAGCUGCUAGUAAAUUCUUGGAUGUUGGAGUGACUGUAGAAUCAGCUUGACCCUGGCCAGCCCAAAAGGAGGUAAAUAUAAAAGUGGCCUAAAGUCAUGUUUGCUUUCCCUCUCCAGUCAUUCACUAAGAACAGUUUGGCUGGAGCAGGAAUUGGGUCCCACAUACCUUAAAUAAUACCUAAAAUAAUGCUCCCCGCACCCCACAUCACACACACAGUUUUUCCCUUUCAUGUACAGUGAAAUAAAAAAAAGGCCAUGGCUUGUUAGUCAUCUAAAUUUGGAGUUUAAACUCCAUAUUUGCGUGUCCUAGUUUAUUAAUGCUUCUGGACAAUGAAUCUGUCACGUGUUUCUGAGCCCUAGAGAUUUUCUGUGCUGUAAGCUAAACCCUGUACUUCAAAAUCCUUAGGCAGUCCUCACAACAGUCUUUGAAAAUAGCAACUUCUAAGAUUCACUUUUUUUCUCAGUUUGCAUGUGGCUACUUUUGCUUUGUGUAUACACUGCUGUAGAUAGUCUUUUUGGAAUUGUAUGCUGCUAGAAAUGUGUUUCCACUGCACAUUGCAUGUGCGACAUUUAAGGAUUGGCUAUAUUACUGACUUAACCUCUCUGUUGCCUAUAGUAUUUGUUGUAUUAAUUUUACCUAACUCAACCCUCAUGAUAUAUACUUCAGAGUGAUAUAUUGGCUAACAUCUACUUUUAUCAGUGCAAUCUGAUGUUAUCACUCCUUGUAUUCAUAUAACAUAACCACCCAGCAGUAACAAAUACAAUUUAUACAGGCUACUUAAGGAAGAAAGGAUUAAGUCUUUCUUGGCAGCCUUGGAUAGCCCCAUUCAAGUUCAGGGAGUUGGAUGGGCAUGCUGGACAUGGUUUGGAAAAGGACUGUGAGGUGACAGAUCAAGUGGAUUUGUAAUUAAAAUCCAUACCACAUUGUAAAAGAAAUAACAUUGCAAAAUAUGUAGGGAUAAAAUUCAAAGUAUGGACUCAAUCCUGCAAAGCCUACCUUAAUCACAGAAUCAGAAAAUUAGAGAUGGAAGGGACCCUGGAUGGUCAUCUAGUCCAUCCUGCCUGGUCCAUCAAUGAAACCUUCACCACCCUGAAGCAAGAUCAUCCCUAACCAAAUCAUCCCAUACAAAUCCUUGUCUCACCUAAAAUGACACAGUUAGUCCUGUUGUAGAAUCACAAGGCAUUACUACCUUGUGUCAGUACUUCUUUCAUACAAGAGAGUUUGUACACUGGGUCUCUAUAUUGCUCUGUUGUGUAAACGAGAUGUAAAAUCUUAUAGUAGUGCAUGGGGUUGUGUUGCAUGGAAGCUGUGAUUUCAUCUAGUGAAGUUUUAUUUGCUCCUGGAUGAAUUCUGCUCACAUUUCAUGGUUCUGGUAACUAUACAGGCCUCAAGCCAGCAUGAGGUUUCCAUGGAACAAAAGUACUUUGCUGUGUUGGGGCCAAAGUCUUAGCUCAUUGCACAUAUAAGUUCAGGCUGAGUGCUUAGGGCAGUAUUACUCAGAUGAACAUUUCAACUAUUUACCAUUGAACGUAUUUCUGGCAUCUCUUCCCUGAUAAAGGGGAAUUUUAGUUAAAUGAUUCUUGACUUUCAAUUUUGUGGAACAUGAUUGUGCCAGUCACUUUAUUUGCCCAUUUCUAAUUAUAUUUUAUAUAUUUUAAACCAAAAAGUUUUAAAAGCUGACUCUUAUAAUAUAGCUGCUUUUUAGGUGUUGUAAACCUUUCUAGCUUUGAUGAUAUAAGUGUAAAUAUUGUUAAAAACAGCUGCUAUCAAUAUAUUAUCAGCAUUAUAAUUUGUGCUUAUCAUACUGUAAGAUACUGAUUUCAGUUUGAAACCGUGUUUUGGUCAGAAAAAUAAACCAAAUAGUGUCAAAGCAUGCCUAUGCUGUAAUGAGCAGUGUAUCCUGUAAUACUAAAUUUCUUUCACAAAUAUUA